GACUGAAAUCAGAAACAAAACUAGGCCGGGAAAAUAAAACUGAAAAAAAAAAAAAUUGUUCGCCAUCUAGUGGCUAAACCUCGGCAUUACAGUUCCACAAAUCUGCCCCACCCCCAAAUACAUACUUCCGUACUAAACAGUAUGGCAACGUCAACGUCACCUUUUGUAACUGUGGUAACAAAGUCUCAUACUACAGCUCUAUUAAGUACGCUAAAAAGGCAUUUCAUUUGUAAAAUUAUAAAUAAUAUAUCCUUCAUUCGCAAGUUUAUUUAUUUAUCUAUUUAUUACGUGUUCAUCAACUUUUCCCGCUAAAAGUUCGAGGUCUGAAAGAAUGAAGCUAAGUCUCAGUAAUCAACCUCACACCCAACCCCAUCAUGGCACAAUAAGAGUCUCCAUUCGCGAAAUGCCAUUGUCCACAAGAUUAAUGUAAGUAUAUAACUCAGUCCACUGUUUUUACAUGUACACUAUGAGAUAUGCAUAUGUAUAUAUAAAUUAUCUAUACCUACUAUUAUGCGCGAAUUAGGGUUGAUAAUGUGAUUUAAAAAAAAUAAAAAUAAAUAAAAGUCUUUAUCUAACCAGCGUAGUGUUUUGUUUCUUGCUUCACACCUCACCACACACGGUUCCCCAGGCUCUGACAUAUAAACAAAGGUAGUGAACAAUGUCAGUUAUUAAAAAGGAAUCUUCUUCCACAUCAUCAGUCUUAUUCCUGAAUGUUAAAGGUGAACCCAUGCGUUUCUUUAUAAGGCCUGGUCCCACCAAAGUGCAGCUUCAGCCUUUAAUAUCGAACGGUGGAGGCGUCCUCUGUCGGACACAGGAGCCAAAUGCCAUUUUGUUAGCGGAUCCCGGUGACAUCACUGCUGCUGUAGAACGUGCCAGCCAUUUUUACAUCUCCACUCAGUAUGUCCACGACUGUGUGGCACAGAACCAGCAGUUAGACAUCGAAAGCUACAGGUUCAGCAAUUUACGGCCCGCCCAGACGAGGGCCGCGUCACGGAAACAGAAAAGUAUGCAUGGACGCAUGGGUUACUCUCUUGAUGACGACACGGCCAUCUUGAAAUACAUCGCCAAGCAUCGAAAAGAAGCAAAAGGCAACCGGAUCUGGCAGCAAAUGGAGCACCAGCGUAUCACCAGUCAUAGCUGGCAGUCCAUGAAGGACCGGUUUCUGAAGCACCUGCAGCACAAGCUGGAACAGGAAUCCCCUGAGAAUAAAAAGAAAGUUUUGAAAGAGAGCUCCUGUUCUGAGGACAAUAUCUUGCAGCCUACACCGAAGAGGAAGCCCAAAAAGAAAGCGGUGGUAGAUUUGUCUUCUGAUUCAGAGGCCACACAAAUCAGCCAUGAGCAUGAGGGAGGAACAACAGAACAACCACCAGACCUCCAAGCUUCACCUGAAGAAAUCAGCAAUCCUCAAGAUCCUGAUGAAGUGAGGAAACAGACUGAUUGUGAUGAGUCAGUGCCCGAGAAAGCACAGCAGCCCGACAGUGAGCAGCACGAAGUCUCACCCAAAAGAGCCAGAAUGGACACGGACGCACCAACGGAGGACACAUCGUCCGGACCAAAUGAUGAGCGGUCGACUCCGAGCGAGAAGAAAAACAGUCCCAAACCCUGUGCAGCGUCUGGGAGGAAACUCGGCAUACUCACGAGAGCUGCCAGAGAAUUUGAAGACUCUCAAGUGACCCAUGGAGGUCAAGAAGACCAGCCUCUGAGUCAGGCAUCAUCCAUUAAUGCCUCAGAUACAGCUGAGUCUCAGAUCAUCGCAGCGCGUGAAAGAGCUAUAAGAGGACAGGAAGUGAAUCCCGAGCAUCCUAAUGACGUAGAAGAGCCUGCAGCAGCUACCCAAAACCAUAGCAGUGCCCUGGAACCAGAGGACGAUGAGCCGGGUCCCAGCAGUGCCGCUCUACCCAUAACGUCCAACGCUCACAUGUUCCUCUUUCAGCAGGAGUCCCAGGAGGAGCUCAGCCAGCCUACUGAGGAAGAUCAGCUAUCCCCGAGCCUAUUAGAGACAAAGCAACACGUAGUUAGGUUGAUGCAGAAAUCUAAGAAAGACCUGGUUGAGGUCAUGAAGGCGCUGUUAAAGGCCAGCGGCGAUGUCACUCUGGCGCUGUCGUAUUUGCUUGAAGGACAUGAUCCCGAAGUCCACGGCCCCAUCUGGACUCGGUACGAUGACGAAAUGCUUCUUUCAGCCGAUUCUUUCGAGUGUGAGAGGCUUCACGAGAAAUAUGGAGCUGACAAAGUGUCCAAGAGAGCAGCUUUUCUGAAAGCAGACUUAUAGCAUUAAAAAAAGCUGUGUCAUUUCAGCAAUCCUUCACAGCCUAAAACAUAUACUACUAUUUUUGUUUAACUAUAAUAUCCAUUUCAUCAUCUGAAUCUGUCCUGAACAAAUGUUUUUAACGUAGCAUAAUGUUUUUUAAUGACUGUUUUGAAAACAGGAUAAUAAAAUAUAUAUUAGUGUUCAAAGUAUUGGCACCUUUACAGAAACCAUGGAUUAAAUUACAGUUUAUUUUGAGUGCUGUCCCUGAACUUUUGCAUAAACAAGUAAAACCUACUCCCUGGGAUAGGCUCCAGGUUUCCCCGUGACCCUGAAAAGGAUUAAGCGGUAUAGAAGAUGGAUGGAUGGAUGGAAGUAAAACCUACUAAUGAAAAUGAAAGCGAAGCAAAAAUAAAAAUCAUAAAUUCAGUCUUCACACAAGCUGAGAUCUAAUUUACACCAGUAAAGUUCACAUGGUUUGAUUUAUUUUUUUUCACUAGUUUUUUGUUCUUCACAUUUCUCUACCUUUACGUCCAGCUGGGGGCUUCUACCCAAUGUGAGAAUUUUCCCAGCUGAACCCCUUUCAUCUCAGAUUUUAUUACCAUGUAACUAAAACAUGAUGUAAACAAUUGAUUCAGGUCAUGCUUUUAAAUAGCUGUUUCCUGUUAAAGGAGAACUGCAUCCUGGAAUACAUUAAAUAUGUUUACAGACUUGCUUUUCUCCCAUAAACAGCUCUCGGAUCUUCAUGUUGGCUUAUCCUUUUUAACAACAAAUGCAGUCUUCACAGCUGAAAAUGAAGGCUAAAACCAAGAGGAGAUUUUCAGAGCUAGUUAUUGUUUAAACAAUCAAUCUAACAGGACACACCAUCUACAUAUAAAUACCAGGAAAUAAAAGCUGAAAAUUCUAAAUGCUCUUCUCAUAUUCAUCUUUUGAUCUCAAACCCAAAUGUCUUCAGUUCACAGCAAAAACAAAUCAAUUGUCCUAGUUUCGGACGGGACUGUAUAUUGAAAUAUUUGUGAUGUUUUUAGUGAAAAUGGUGCUAAUUUGUUGGUUGGUGCUAUAUUUUUUGUCAUUCCUGUGAGAAGUUAGCGGUUGCUUACUGCACCGACGUCACAAGAGGACAUUGUUAGUGCAGCUGCAAUGGUGUUUAAUAGCACUGGUCACUAGCCAAUAUUUUCCAGUAACAUUCAGCAUCAUUUUCAUGAGAAAUCCAACCGUGAAGAUGGGAGACAAAUACUUUAGAUUCAAAAUCGUUGAGCUGUAUAGUGUUCCCGUGACUAUACUGGGCAAUUAAGUCCCACACCGACCACAGGGUGAGCGCCCCCUGUUGGCCUCACUAAUACUACC